GUCAUCAGUACUGAAGUUCGAGGAAGACUUAAGACUUUGGAUAAUCUAAAUAAUAUGGCGGCAAGAAUUUUCAGACAUCAAAGAAGACUUUUCUGUCCAAAUCCUUCUAUAAAAACAUUGCACAAGUUCUCCUUUCAAUCCCACAUCCAACCAGGUAUCAGAUAAACAUGGCAAAGACCGUUUUCUUAGCCUCUCUUUCCUUUUUUUUUAUUAUAAUUUCCUCGCCCUGGCUUUCAAAUGCCAUAUCUCAAUGCAAUGGUCGAUGCCGAGACCUCAAUGAUUGCGAUGGUCAGCUCAUUUGCAUCAAUGGCCAGUGCAACGACGAUCCUGAUUUGGGCACUCGCAUCUGCGGAACCCCCUCAUCUCCGAGCCCUGGGACCAAUUGCAACCCCUCGGGCUCCCUUCGGUGCAACGGCCAAACUUAUCCCACCUACAUUUGUUCCCCUCCCAUCACAUCCUCCACGAAAGCUCGUUUAACAAACAAUGAUUUCAGUGAAGGGGGCGACGGAGGGGCUCCAUCUGAAUGUGAUGACAGGUAUCAUAGCAACUCCGAGCGUGUAGUGGCGUUGUCCACCGGGUGGUAUGCCGGCGGGUCAAGGUGUGGGAAGAUGAUAACGAUCACUGCUAGUAAUGGGAGGAGCGUGACGGCUAAGGUGGUGGAUGAGUGUGACUCGAUGCGUGGGUGUGAUGAAGAGCAUGCAUACCAACCACCCUGUAAAAACAACAUCGUCGAUGGGUCCGAUGCAGUGUGGACUGCUCUGGGUCUCGAUAAAAACGUGGGGAUCGUGGAUGUGACUUGGUCCACGGCAUAGGGAUUCAAGAACAAUCUUAUAAAUAAACUUUAAACAUUUGAAGUUUGAUCAUAUAGAAAUAAAGACAAAAAAAUAAAGUUUGCUUCAAUAGGGUAGAAAGUUUUUCUGUUCUAUACCAACAAAAGAAGGCGACAGGGUUCAAUAAGAUCUUCACGGGAUCACUGUUCCUUGGUUUUCCACCUAUUUGACAAUGACAAUGCCAUCACUGGUAUUCCAACACUGUUCCCAUCGUGUUGCUUAACUAUCAACAUCGAACAACACUGUCCCCUUUCCUCUAGCAAUGGAAAACAUCUUUUGUUUU